CGCCGCGAUUGACCGCCCGUCCCCAUCCACGUGUUGCGUCGCCGGCGCCGCCACGCCGGCCACGCGGGCAGUCCGCCUCCCGCUUGCUUCCGCCGUCUUCUCUAGUAGAAGCCUCUCACGGUCUCACCCCCUCGCGCACGCGCGGACGCCCGCUAUAUAUACCUCCCAUGCCCCCGCCCUCGUCUCCAUGCUCCAUAUACUCUGCUCUCCUCUGCUUCUGCUUCUUCUUCCUGCCGCUCGCUGCGCAUGCAAUAGACUUCUUGACCGAUCAUUCAUUCAAGCAAGCGCCGAGGAUCGACCGAGCACGAGCAGGGACGUCGAUGGAUCAUCUGCUGCACCAUGGGCACGAGAUGAGGCGGCCGUCCGUGACCGUCUCCGGCCACGAGGCGGCGCUGAGGGCCGUCCAGAAGCCGCCGGCCAAGCCGUGGCGCGCGGGCGGCGGCUUGACGCCGGCGCCGACGCCGCCCAAGGUGUACCGCGUGGAGCCCCGGGAGUUCCGCGACCUCGUGCAGAGCCUCACCGGCGCGCCCGCCGCCGCCAUGGCCAGGCAGCACCAGCACACUCAGCACCAGCAGCUGCAGCGCGCGCCGACGCAACCCGUGCCCGUGCGCCCCGGCGGUGUCGAGGACACUGCGGCCGCGGCCGGGCAGAUGUACGCGCCCUGGUGCUCGUUCCCGCUCAUGGGCCCGCCGGCGUCCAUGCACCCCGGCCUCGACGGCCACCACCUCAUAUAGGAUGCAGCUCACUUUCCCGGCUGCCGCUGCUCUUGCAUGUACAUCCUUGCUUUCUAGGACAGGCUAGGCGCGUGAACUGCAAAGCAGCGAGUAAAAACUCGUUUAAUAUUGCCUUAGUUUUAAGUGUACACAAACAUCAUGCUCGUUUGCUCCCUUUGUAACUUAGCAGCCACACAUGAUGUAAUUACCAAGCUUGAAAGGGGAGUGCGCUUGCGAUGAACAAGACCUCUAUUA